AUGGUGGAGCCAUUCGACCUCGUUAUUACUCACGGCGUAUGUGUUACGGCCUCUGAUGUAGGUGCCUACGAUGUUGCGAUUAAAGAUGGCAAAAUCGCCUUGCUGGCUGCAUCAGGAUCACUUGCUCAAACAGAGACACUGCAAUUAAUUGAUGCUGAGGGAGCAUACGUGACUCCUGGUGGCGUAGAUUGCCAUGUUCAUCUUCAAGAGCCGGCCAUGUUUGGGAAUGGUUCCUCAUCGGAUACAUUUGAAACGGGAACUCGAUCCGCAAUCGCUGGAGGUUCUACCACCAUUGUUUGCUUCGCUCCUCAACAGAGACACGAGCCUUCACUUCUAAAACCUUUGGCUGACGCCCACAACAAGGCUCGAGGAAACACCUACUGCGACUAUGGGUUCCAUCUACUUGUCUCCAAUCCCACCGAGACAGCUCUGUCCGAGCUUGGAAUGCUCAAAGCCGAGGGUGUAACAUCUCUCAAGAUCUAUAUGACAUACGAGGCACUCCAGCUCCGCGACGAUCAAAUCUUAUCAGUUCUUCACCAUGCUCGCAACAACCAUAUUCUCACCAUGAUCCAUGCAGAGAAUGGUGAUAUUCUUAACUGGCUGACAUCUCAGCUUGAGGCUAACAAGCUCUUUGCGCCAAAAUAUCAUGCGACAUCGCGCCCGCCUGCGCUAGAAGCGGAGGCAACCAACCGUGCCAUCGUGCUGUCAUCUCUGAUUGCCAAUACACCUAUAUUGUUAGUGCAUAUUAGUGACCCAGGUGCAGCAUAUCGCAUUCGACAAGCCCAGACUGCUGGCCAACCCGUCUUUGCUGAGACUUGCCCGCAGUAUCUCUUUCUUACGCGUGACGAUCUAGAUGCGCCAGGCUUUGAGGGGGCUAAGUUCGUGUGCUCACCACCCCCACGGGAUGAAGCAUCACAGGAUGUUAUUUGGGAGGGACUACGAAAUGGAACAUUUACCCUUCUCAGCUCGGAUCAUUGUCCGUUCUCCUACGAUGAUAUAGAAAAGGGCAAGAAGGCUUGCAUUACACCUGAACAUCCAGUCGGAGAGUUCAGGCAUAUCCCCAAUGGAAUUCCUGGGGUAGAAACGAGACUCCCCCUAGUGUUUUCAGCUAAUAGGCUACCCCUGACGAAGUUCGUGGAGGUGACAUCAACAAAUGCGGCAAAGUUGUAUGGGCUAUAUCCGAAGAAGGGAGCAAUUAUACCUGGCCUGUCAGAUGCAGAUCUCGUGAUUUGGUAUCCGAAUGACAAGCUGCCAGACGUGACAAUUCGAAACGAAAUGUUACACCACGCCAAUGACUAUACACCGUACGAAGGAAAGACAGCAAGAAACUGGCCACGGUAUACAAUCUUACGCGGUAUGGUUGUAUGGGAUAAUGGGAAGAUAGUGGGCAAGAAGGGAUAUGGCGAGUUUGUUCAGCGACAGGCAGGUGUCUUGAAUGAUGUUUGGGAAUGUGUGCAGGAGCAGGGACAAUUUUCUGUGGCUUAUGCCUAA